AUGCAGAAUGACGCCGGCGAGUUCGUGGACCUGUAUGUGCCGCGGAAAUGCUCGGCGAGCAACGGCAUCAUCGGGGCCAAUGACCACGCGUCCAUCCAGAUGAACGUGGCCGAGGUGGACAAAGUAACCGGCAGGUUCAACGGGCAGUUUAAGAGGUAUGCCAUCUGCGGGGCCAUCCGCAGGAUGGGCGAGUCUGAUGAUUCCAUCCUCCGCCUGGCCAAGGCCGACAGCAUCGUGUCCAAGAACUUCUGAGGGAGCAGCACGGAGGGGGAGUACGGCGUGAAUAAAC